UCUGCUGGGCCUGGGGGUCUGGGCCAGCAACAAGUUAGUAUUGCAGACAUGGGCCAAGGAGCCAGAGGCCAUGCAGUGGCUCAGGGUCCGUGAGUCGCCUGGGGAGGCCACAGGACACAGGGUCACCAUGGGGACAGCCACCCUGGGUCCCCUCUGGGCAGUGCUCCUGCUCUUUAUCCUGAUGUGUGAGAUCCCUACGGUGGAGCUCACCUUUGACAGAGCUGUGGCCAGCAGCUGCCAACGGUGCUGUGACUCUGAGGACCCCCUGGAUCCUGCCCAUGUGUCCUCAGCCUCUUCCUCUGGCCCCCCCCACGCCCUGCCUGAGAUCAGACCCUACAUUAACAUCACCAUCCUGAAGGGUGACAAAGGGGACCCAGGCCCAAUGGGCCUGCCAGGGUACAUGGGCAGGGAGGGUCCCCAAGGGGAGCCUGGCCCUCAGGGCAGCAAGGGUGACAAGGGGGAGAUGGGCAGCCCCGGCGCCCCGUGCCAGAAGCGCUUCUUCGCCUUCUCAGUGGGCCGCAAGACGGCCCUGCACAGCGGCGAGGACUUCCAGACACUGCUCUUCGAAAGGGUCUUUGUGAACCUUGAUGGGUGCUUUGACAUGGUGACCGGCCAGUUUGCUGCUCCGCUGCGUGGCAUCUACUUCUUUAGUCUCAAUGUGCACAGCUGGAAUUACAAGGAGACGUACGUGCACAUUAUGCACAACCAGAAGGAGGCCGUCAUCCUGUACGCGCAGCCCAGUGAACGCAGCAUCAUGCAGAGCCAGAGCGUGAUGCUGGACCUGGCCUACGGGGACCGCGUCUGGGUGCGGCUCUUCAAGCGCCAGCGCGAGAAUGCUAUCUACAGCAACGACUUCGACACCUACAUCACCUUUAGCGGCCACCUCAUCAAGGCCGAGGAUGACUGAGGGCCUCCGGGCCACCCUCCUGGCCAGAGAGCUCGGGUGCUGGUCCCGUCCCCUGCAGGUCUCAGUUUGCAUUGCUGUGAAGCAGGAAGGCCAGGGAGGUCCCCGGGGACCUGGCAUUCUGGGGAGACCCUGCUUCUUUCUUGGCUGCCAUCGUCCCUCCCAGCCUAUUUCUGCUCCUCUCUUCUCUCUUGGACCUAUUUUAAGAAACUUUCUAACCUAAAUAUUCUAGAACUUUCCCAGCCUUGUAGCCCAGCACUUCUCAAACUUGGAUAUGCAUGCGAAUCACCUGCGCUUCAUGUUAAAUGCAGAUUCUGACUCAGCAGGUCUGAGUGGCUCCAGGAUUCUGUGUUUCUAACAUGUUCCUGGGUGAUGCUGAUGGGGUCAGUCUAUGAACCACACUGGAGCAACCAGGUUCUAGGACUUUCUCAAUAUUCUAGUACUUUCUGAACAUUCUGGAAUCCUCCACAUAUUCUAGAAUUCUCCCAACAUUUUUUUUUUUUUUUGAGACAGAGUCUUGCUCUGUUGCCCAGGCUAGAGUGCAGUGGUGCAAUCUCAGUUCGCUGCAACCUCUGCCUCCCGGGUUCAAGUGAUUCUUCUGCCUCAGCCUCCCUAGUGGCUGGGAUUACAGGCGCCUGCUACCAUGCCUGGCUAAUUUUUGUAUUUUUAGUAGAGAUGGGGUUUCACCAUAUUGGCCAGGCUGGUCUUGAACUCCUGACUUCAGGCGAUCCACCCACCUCGGCCUCCCAAAAUGCUGGGAUUACAGGUGUGAGCCACCAUGCCUGGCCUCUUCCAACAUUCUUAAAUUCUCUCAUCCCUCCAGGGCUCCCCGUGCUAUGUUCUCUUUACCCCUUCCCCCUCUUCUCUUGCUCAGGCCUGCACCACUGCAGCCACCGUUCAUUUAUUCAUUCAUUAAACACUGAGCACUCACUCUAGGCCGGGUCCCGGGAAGGGUGAGGGGGUCAGACACAGGCCCUGCCCCUGCCCUCAGUGACUGGCCAAUCCAGCCCAGGCAGGGAGAGAUGUGUACAUAGGUUUUAAAGCAGACCCAGAGCUCAUGGGGGCCUGUGUUCUGGGUGUUCAGGUGCUGCUGGUCCUCCAUUACCCACUGCUCCCCAAGGCUGGUGGGACGGGGUCCCGGUGGCAGGGGCAGGUAUCCCCUUCCCGUUCCUCAUCCACCUGCCCAAUGCUCAUCGUUAAAGCAAACCGCAGGGGGCCUUGGCCAGGUCCAGGGUUCUGUGAGGAGAGGACCCAGGAGUGUGGGGGCAUUUGGGGGGUGAAGGGGCCCCCGAGGAAUGGAACCCACACCCAUAGCUCUCCCCACAGCUGAUAACGGCAGCCUGCGAGAAGACCUGCCCUCCUCACUGGGAUCCCCUUCCUGCCUCCUCCCAGGGCUCUGCCAGGGCCCUGCCAGGGCCUUGCUCAGCCCCUCCCACCAAAGUCAUCUGCACUUCAGUUUCCCCAGGGCCUCCAGCUGCCCCCAGACAUUGAUGUCUGUCACCAGGUGCUCUCUGCCCCUCAUGUCCCGCUCACUGGCCCAGUGCCCCGACUCUCCAGGCUUUAUCAAGGUGCUAAGGCCCGGGUGGGCAGCCCCUCGUCUCAGAGCCCUCCUCCGGCCUGGUGCUGCCUUUACAAACACCUGCAGGAGAAGGGCCAGGGAAGCCCCAGGCUUUAGAGCCCUCAGCAGGUCUGGGGAGCUAAAGCAAAGGAGGGACCUCGGGCCUUCCAUUUCUUCUUCCAGGGUGGGGUGGCCUGGUGUCCCCCUAGCCUUCCAAACCCAGGUGGCCUGCCCUUCUCCCCAGAGGGAGGCGGCCUCCGCCCAUUGGUGCUCAUGCAGACUCUGGGGCCGAGGUGCCCUGGGGGGUGAUCUCUGGUGCUCACAGCCGAGGGAGCCGUGGCUCCACGGCCAGAUGACGGAAACAGGGUCUGACCAAGUACCAGGAAGACCUGUGCUAUAAACCACCCUGCCUGAUCCUGCCCCGGCCUGACCCCGCCACGCCCUGCCGUCCAGCACGAUUAAAGAAUGCUGUGUACUCUU